AUGGAGCAAUAUGAUGGACUGGUUACAUUUUUCCCAGAUUCUAAAUUUCUUCUUAAUCAAUCCUUUCAGACCGAUAGCGACCGCGUCUGGGAAUGGUAUGCUACAAGUAAUAAAUUCUUAUACGUGCAAAGUGGCUUGAAUAAACUACCGACCACGAACCGCCUCAUUCUAGGCACGACAGUAAAUUCCAACGAUGAUUCUGAAAUCUUGCCAUACCCUUCUAUUCUCAAUCUAUACGCAGGUGGCUGUAAAAACUCCCGGACUGGUGAAGUAAACUGCACAGCGGCCUGUGGAGAUGUCAAGUUACUUUUUCAGGACUGGCAGACGCGGUGGAACUGUUUGACUCUGGCAAACAUGGCGAUCAACAAGCCACACCCUCACCAUUUCAAUGACACGAAUAACGUCGGCGACACAGCCAAGGCCUUGGAUCAUCUAGCAGUCACUAAUCUAAUCGAGUUCGAUGCUGUUGGAGUUUUGAAAAGGUUUCAUGACUGUGCGGGUGAGAGCUGGUUAAAAGAGGAACCAAUCAGAAACUUCUCGACUUUCGCCAACUCAUCCCACUCUCCAGACUUGCGCCGUUGGGGUACCUAUAUUUCUCAAGUUUGCCGCUUUAAAAGUGAAUCGCAAAAUGAUAAUGAUCUUGCUGGGCCCGGUGUGAUUGCUUCAUAUUUCGUCUUAAUUUUGCUUGUCUUCUAUGCUUGGGCGUGCAUCCGCAUCCUUCAUAUGGCAAGAAGCAUUGACUCGCUAGCGAGGUUGACAAUCUAUGGGGGGAAAAUCUACUCCUUAAUCACCUUUCAACGCUCUCGUUUGGCAAAGCGCCUUAAACACUCGACGAGCGUAUUCGUCAUCGAAAUUCAGGAAGCCCAGUGCUUCUUCAUCCUUGCCAUACAAAUCGGCCUUAUCUACGCUAAUAUUCGACCAACUGAGGAUUUUGGGACAGACGACUGGAGCGGUGUAAUACGCAGUCGCACUACCAUGAACCACCUUACUGUCAUUGCGGCUCUAACUCUUCUCUUGAACCAAGUAACGCUCCAUCAGUUGCAACUGGAUUCCCUUUACUCAUUUGCGUUAUGCACUACGGUUUUUAUCAUGUCCUACGGGGCUUCUACGGCUUCAAUAUUGGAAAACAUGGAUAUUGACACCAUCUACCGCAUGUCUGCGGACGGCGAUAACGAGAAAUGCGGCGGAUUCGCUAGUUUGGAUGACCUUUGUGACGGUCCCUACUUUAUUGGAACGCUAUACGAAUUCACGCCUAGAUUUGUUAUGAAAAUAUGCUUCACAGGAUUAUGUCUUCUUUGGGCCAAGAAAAUAUGGAAAGAAGCUGCAGGAACUCUAUGGCUAAGGAAUUAUGCAGAAAAAGUCUCUGGGAGAGAGUCUUUGAUGCUGCUAUAUGUGAUACAACUGGGCCGUUUCUUGACCGACACGUUUCUUUUUGCUUUUGAGAUUAUCAUUGUCGUCCACAUGUGGUCGAAUUUCUUUAUGUUAUUUGGAAUUUGGGAUGAUGUUGGUAGUUUCGACGAGAUGAACGACUGGCCAAUUGGACAGGUGAUUUCGGCGUUAGUUUGGGCGCCGGUAGUUUCGAAAUACGUUUACCUCCUCAUCUUUGGGGUUGAGAGGGCAUUCUCAAUCCGAAUUUCUCAGGCUUUUGCUGUCGUCAGAAAACCGAGACAGCCAAGCGAUCAGGAACAUCAAACGGAUGAAUCUUGACUGUCUUACGUCAGGGGUCACUCAUGCAUAAACAGAUGG